AUGAGCAACAAGUCCUGGCUCGAUCUGCUUCCUGCUCCGGAUCCGACAAUGUCGAAACGAUCGUUCAUCACCAAUAUCACACCUUUACCAACCCACAUCAACCGAGAGACAGCGGUGUCGUUGCUGCAUAACCACCAUGAGAUGAUCGAGCUGAAUCCUCUGGUGAUCGGGCAUGAGAAGACCAAGGCACCGUCGAACGCGACGUUGGAAGAGCAGGUGAACUGUAUAUGGUACCUGAUCACCGAUACGAUCAAUUAUCUGCCUGGAGGAGCGGCGAAGAGCGUAGUCAGCUACAAGGCAGGCUUCUACGACCUACCGAAUGGACUACAGACGCAUUGCUUCGCACCUGGUGGAGUGGACCUGAAGGCAAUAUGGCUGGUUGGAGGGAACAUGCCAGGCGAGAAGCCGGAGCCCGCUGAGCUAGGCAUCGCCAAGCCUUCAGAGGGACUAUAUCUACGAGAGGAUGUGGAGAUGAGGUGUAAUGUCUUCCUGAGCAACUUCGUCAAGCGGAAUCUCAAGAAGGCGCAUGGUGUGCUGGUCGAGCGGCUGCUCAGCAAGUACAGCGAGCCAGCAUCUCAGCCGCCACAACCUCGACCACCAUUCUUUGCGAGCAGUCCUACCGAAUCUGCUCGCUCCAUACGCCCGAUCAGCUUGCGAGACGACUCGCCUAUAGCGCCUUCGCUCACAUCGCUCAAUAUACCGGCAUCCAUAUCACGGAACUCGUCCUACGCUGCACCAUCUCCCUCGCACCUGCCGUCUCCAUAUGCUGAGCCAUGUUCUUGUGGCGCUGGCGGACACGAAGUGAUGUGUCCUAACUACCGAUACGGAGCUCCAGCGCCGAAGAAGCAGGCUCAAACUGUAGUCCCAAUCACGCAAACAGCGCCACCACCGUCCCUCGAUGCACGAUGGCCACCACGCGCAGCUGCCGCGCCUGAGGAUACUAAUGGGUCAUACUCGCCCGCUGGCGUUCACCCCGAAGCAGAUUGCGACUGUCGCGACGGCGAUCAUGCCUUCGCCUGCCAAUACUACACGAGAUCACGAACCGCACAACUCCCACAAGCUACAACAGCAAAUCGGCCAAUCGUGCAACAAGCCAAAGACAACAGCCACGGCCGCAUCGUCUGGAAACUCCCACCCGGCAGCAAUCCCAGCGUCGCAUACCGCUCCCCUCAACUCUUCGGUGAGCAGGCCGAGCUACCUGGUAGUACGACCACGAGUGUGCGAGAUGAGGACUGGGAUGCCAUCAAGGUGCCUGAGCUGGAUAGUACGGAGCUGUCGUAUUGGAAGAUGGGGAUUGUGGGGGAUUUGAAGAUGGCUCCUGAUGUGGAAUGUCGCGAUAUGGUAGUCCUGGAGAUGGUUUACAAUAGCGCAUACACCGAGAAAUCACUACGCCUUGUGCAAUCGUUCACCCUGGAGUCGAACGGUUUCCACCGGCUGUCACACACCAUUCGCUAUUCGAUCGACUGGGAGAGACCGACUUGGUUUGCCGUCAGCGACAUGGCAAUGCUCGAUCACAACAUGAAGUUCCCAACCCGGUCAUCGAACAAAGAGCCUGAAUGGUCAAGGAUCUGCAACAAUGUCUUUGACCAAUACCUGGACACCGAUGACUUAUUCGGCUUCGGCAUCGAUGGCCGUGAAAGAAGCAGCUCCAAUAACUCGGCCAAUCUGUUCGACUUCUCCACAGGGUCUGGCUCAGAACAAAGCCACCAGAGUGCUGGUACCUCGCCUAUUCCUUCCUGGGAAGCCAUUGCUGUGUCUGGCGCAGAGUACGUCGAUGCUCAGCCGCGUGCGAAAGAGCCGGUAGACUUCUGGACGAAGACACUAAGGGCGUUGGAGCAAAAUGCAGCCGCGUCAGAGAGGAAAGUGCAAACCCUACGCACGGCGAAAUUACAUCCGGACUUCUUGAGUCUGGGUGGCUGUCCAUCACCACCAGCUAUACCCUCCUCGCCUACCGACCAAUCAUUGUCCGUCCAGCGACGCAGAGAUCGAAAUGCCGCAAGCGGAAGCAAAGCAUCCCAGGCCAGAUCAGUCUCACGUGGGCGACCUACAGGUGUGUCAAAACCUGCGACUGGUAUCACAAACCCACACGCGACUGUGCGUAAAGCCAGCGCCAGUCCAAACAAGAUGAUGACACCGUCCCGCUACCGGGCAGGGUUUCGAGACGUGUGGACGGAGCGUAUCGAACGCAGCCCGAAGAAGUACGAGUUGCGCGUGCCUUCUCCGCCUGCAUCGCUACCGCCUUCGGCCACAAUCACCACGCAAGCGGAUCAGUUCGCUGCUUUCGGGUCGCCGACAGACUAUGCGCCUUUGAGUGGGUACGAUGAUCAGUUGUCGCCAUUGACGAAUACCUUUCAGCAGGCGACGAUACAUACGCCCUUGGCAUCGCCGUCGGCUAUCAAUGCUGGUGCGCAUGCCGCUAAUGGGUACUUUCUCGGCGGACUGCCGCCGGUCCCACCUAACCCAUAUGUUACUCAGACGAUUCCGCUGAACGACACGGCGCCACUAUUUCUAGAAACCACAUCGCCGCUGGUGACGAACGACAUACAAGCCUUUGACUUCGGCUUCUCAAGUCCGGACGUAGACCCUUUCAGCUCCGCGCCGUUCGCCGAGCCUUCCUACAAUACCGAUCACCUUCCAUUACAUGACCCGUUCGGAGGUUUCGAUGCUUCUGUAUUACCGUCCAUUGAGAGCCAUGGGCUGGCCACAACAGGUCUUGGCAUCAGCUGCGUCCCGCAUCUGGUCUCAAUGUCCAUGAUAGCGCCUGCAACCACGCUGCCCAUAAGGACACACCCGCAUGGUCUCCCAUUCACAACUCCCUUCUAUACUCCAGCACAAGGCUACGCCACAAUACCAAACACGCCCCACCGCCGCUCCGAGCCGCGACUGAGAUCUCAAACGCCCUCGCCACCUCCCACUGAACCUCGCUCAAGACGAAGUGCAUCUCAAUGCCGGCGAGCAUCACGGCAUCGCCGCACGAAGUCAACGAAUUGUACACCACGGCAUCAACAGAGUUCCGACAAGAAUGGCUUUGUCAACUUCACCCCACAUGAUAGUAACAGGAUCUUGAGUGGUGUGGCGCCGUCUGGGAGCUCGAAGACGAAAGCGAGGCGGGAGAAGGAAGCGGCUGAUAAGCGGCGAAAGUUGAGCCAGGCUGCUGUUAAAGCUGUCGUCGACGCGGGCGGCGAUUUGGAUGCUUUGACGAGUGCUGGGCUGUUGGGUAGCGUUCCGUGA